GAUAAAGAGGAGACAAUGGGCUGAAUGGGGCUGUGUAACUGCCGUGUGUAAUGGAUCCCAAGAGAAUGGUUUGGCUCGUGUGUCUCAUCCUCAGCCUCGGCAUCUCACCCGUUUAUUGUGGCAAGCACGUCCUAGAGUAUUACAUGACAAUGACAUCGGCUCCUAUCCCUGGAAUAUCGACUUUCUCAAUUACCGCCCACGUGGAUGGCGUGCAGCAUGGCAGGUACACCAGUGAGACUGGCCGCGCCGAGCCCCUCAUUCCCUCCCUUAGUAUGCUGACUGAGCACCUCGACAUGCAGACCCACUUUGCCCGACACUGGAAGAUUUACCAAGACAAGAAGAUGGCAUUCCUGAUGCAGUUCCUAAACAGGACAGCUGGGGAGGGUAACCACCAUGUUCACGUGUACCAGAGAAAAUAUAUCUGUGAGCUGCAAGACAGCGGCAAAGUUCUGGGCUAUCACGCAUUUGUAUUCAAUGGGAAGGAGGUGAUAGCGUUUGAUAGGGAGCGAGAGGUGUUUGUGCCGAUAAUGCCAGAAGCCGAACUCUUGAUACCAAGUUGGAAUAAGUAUCUGGAUGACGUCAAGCACCAUAAGGCCUACCUGAAAAAUGUCUGUAUUGAACACCUGAAGUUGUACCUCUCCUACAUGUUACCCGAAUUGGACAGAAAAGUUCCCCCCAAAGUGAAAACCUCAAUCUCAAGAUCAGACAGCGGCAAACGACUGUGCUGCCAUGUGUAUGGGUUCUACCCCAAAAAAGUUCACAUAAAGGUGAUGAAGAAUGGAACGGAGGAGGUUUCCCCAGAGGAAUUCAAACAUAUCCUGCCAAACCCUGAUGGCACCUAUCAGAUCAGAGUCAGUGUGGGGGUAACACCAGAGGGGGGCGCCACUUACUCCUGCCAUGUGGAUCACAGCAGUCUGAAUAGUACAAUGGUUAUACCUUUUGCAGAACCAAGGGAGAGCUUCUAUACCAUCAUUUCUUUGGGCGCUGCUGUUGUUGUCGCCCUCGUUGUCCUGGGAGUAUUUAUUUGUAGAAAGAAAAAAGGGUUUGGGUGGUAA